UUUAGGAUUAGAAAAGAGGUGACUUCAACGGUGAGUUUACUCAGAAAAUCUUCUGUUCAAGAGUCAUUCGGGACAUAAUUAAUCUCUGAAAAAUCUGCCUGCCCGAAACCCCCACCACUACUCUACGGAAAUUCUGUGAUCCCACCGAAUUGGAUAGAAUUCAUUGAUAAGCAGGCGAAAUUUUGCCGUUUUUAGCGAGGUAUUGCAAUGUCUUUUUCAUUUUUCAAGCAAUCAAGGCCUAAAACUCCGCAGGAGUUGGUGAAGACGAUCAGGGAUAGUAUCAUGGCGCUGGAUUCCAAAACUGUAGCUGAAGUCAAAGCCCUAGAAAAGGCUUUAGAGGAAGUUGAGAAGAACUUAGCGGCAAUGAAGAUUAUGUUGUUAGGGGAUGGUGAAACUGAGCCGAGUGCUGAUCAAAUUGCACAACUUACACUUGAAAUUUGUAAUGAAGAUGUCAUCGCUCUUCUCUUUCAUCAGCUGCCGGUUCUGGGAUGGGAAACUAGGAAAAAUAUAGUUCACUGUUGGUCGAUAUUGCUGAAGCAACAAGUUAAUUCGGUAUUUUGCUGCGUGCAAUAUAUGGAGAACCAUCUCGAGUUGCUUGACUUCCUUGUGGCAUGCUAUGAUAAUAAGGAUAUUGCACUGACGUGCGGUCAUCUACUGAGGGAAUGCAUCAAAUUGCCGUCUCUUUCCACAUACUUAUUAGAGUCUCCGAGCUUUGGGCUAUUCUUCAAAUUUAUCGAGCUGCCUAAUUUUGAUAUUGCAUCUGAUGCAUUUUCUACAUUUAAGGAUCUGCUCACCAAACAUCCAAAUGCAGUCUCUGAAUUCCUGACUGCUCACUAUAAUGAGUUUUUUGAACAGUAUGAAAUACUUUUGACGUCUACAAAUUAUGUGACAAGAAGGCAGUCUCUGAAGCUUCUCUCGGAAUUUCUUCUGGAAUCUCCAAAUGCCCAUAUUAUGAAACGCUACAUUGCAGAGGUUCACCACUUAAAAGUCAUGAUGACUUUGCUGAAGGAUUCGAGCAAGAACAUCCAAAUGUCAGCUUUUCAUAUUUUCAAGGUUUUCGUGGCCAAUCCAAACAAACCGAGUGAAAUAAAAGUUAUUCUGGCGAAGAAUCAUGAAAAGCUUUUAGCACUGCUGCACAGUCUAUCUGUCGGAAAAGGUUCCGAAGACGACCAAUUUGAAGAAGAGAAGGAACUGAUAAUCAAGGAAAUAGAGAGAAUAUCCCGGCUUCCAAACCUCGGAACCUAGGAACAUUUCGACUGUAAUGGAGCUAACCUAGUACAUCACAUCAACCUUUUAUAUUCUGGUACGAUGAUUUUAUUGCCUCAAGCCUUCAUGUAAAGCUAAUUCAGCUGCAUUACUACCUGAAAUGCCGUCUUUUAAUUACCCCUUUUCUUACUUGCAUAUAUUCGUUCAUUGAUUGGGUUGCGGUAAGGAGCAUGUAUGUUGUCGUUGAUGUAUUAUUGUUUUGUCGCUCGUGUUGAGUUUGAGUUUUGCUCGCGCAUAUGUUAACUUGUAACAGAUCUUCGUAAGAAAACUUGUGAGUGUUUAAGGUUGUACUAUUUGAUAUAGUAACUUCUUUAAUACAUCCAAGGAUCAAAAUGUCAUAUAUGACUAGGAAAUGAAAUGGUUACAAUGGUUACGGUGCUCGUUGUUAUUCGAUAGCACUGUGCUGACGGCAAACAAAAUAUAGUCCUUUAGUAAAUAAUUUGAACUAAUACAUGUGCUAUUUAGAUCGAUACAAUGAUGUCGUAUAUUCGGUUUAUUCGAACCUCCUAUUAUACUUCGUUCAUUCAUUCAAAUUUUUUUGAUAAUUU